CCGUUACUCGUUUGCUUUGUCAUUGCAUUCUAAAUCGCACCUGGGAAAGGCACGGACCAGUUGUCUUACAGUGGGCUUAAUUAAUUUACAGAUUGAAAAAUGUCACAAGGUGAACCACCUCCCGCCUACAGCCCUCCAGAUAAAGGUCAAUAUGGACCCCCGGCCCAAUAUCCACCGCCGGGCCAAAAUGCACCGCCGGGACAAUAUCCCCCUCCUGGACAGUAUCCUCCUGGGCAGUAUCCACCUCCAGGACAAUACCCACCACCAGGACAGUAUCCCCCUCCUGGACAGUAUCCUCCUCCUGGACAAUACCCUCCUCCUGGACAAUACCCUGCUCCAGCACAACCCGGAUAUAGCUACCCGCCACCGAUGCAGCAGCAACAACAGAGCUCCGUGGUGGUUGUGAACAGCGGACCAGCAGUUCACACCGUGCACGUUCAGAAGCGUGGCGUGAAUCACUGUUUGCAUUGUGUGAUUACCUUCUUCUUCUUUCCCUGGAUCAUCGUCUGGAUCAUUCUGUGUAUAACUGAAUAAUGGAUUUGGCUUACAAGAAGUUACAAAAACCCGGGAUAAAACCGAAAUGCAACACUCAUCAUCCAAAAUGAAGAUGUUUAAUAUAUUUGGUGUGCCUUACUUAAAAGACAAUUAAGAUAUCAGGGCAUUUUUCCUUCUGCAUCUGUAACAUAGCUUUUUCCGCACACUGAUUGGUGUGUGAAAGUAACUUGAACGUUUUUACCUGGAUUUAUUUAUAAUGACAGUGUUUUUAAUUUUUAAUUUUGUAAAUUAUGAAGAGAAAAAAAAAUUAAAUUAAAUUUUUGACUUUUUAAAAUCAAAUAUAUGGUUUCUCUUUGCAUUUACUGUAUUGAAUAUUGAAAAACAAUUUUUUUUUUUUUUAAAGUUUGAUAUAUGUCUAUAUACUAAAUCACGUUGGCAAUGGAUAAAUCUGGUACAUGAUUGAUAAGCGAUAAUCAGACAAGUAUGACAUAACUGAGGUAGCCCCGCCCCUCGACAUACCCGGUGAAUAAAAGCGUUCAUAAUGUUGCUUUUUUUAGUUUGUUUUUUAUAAAAAACCAUUUUAAUUUCUUGUAUGUUGCAAAAAAAAGUUACCAAAAUCAAGAAAUAUGUUUUAUUUUGUUUUUUUUUUUUAUCUUCUUUCUUUUUUGUUUGAGAGGAUGGGAUAAUGUUUUGUUUUGUUUUGUUUUUUGGUGAUAGUUUUUUCUUUUGCUCAAAUAUUAUGUCCGAAAAUUAUGAAUUUUAAUUACGUUUAUCUUUUCCAUUAUAUAUCUUAAACUAUUCUAAAGGAAAAGCCGAUUGUUUAAUUGUAAAAAUGUUCAAUUGCAGGCCCAUAGCUAAUGGGGGGUCGGGGGUGGGGGGGGGGGUGGCGGUCGAUCCCCCCCCCCCCCCCCCCGUACCGGUGACCUUUUUUUCCAAUAUGCCCCGAACUCCUCGUGUGAGGCACUUCAUCAUAAUCCUAAACGACCGCCCCUCUCAAAAUCCUGGCUACGGGCCUGAAUUGGUACCAUCUUUUAGCUAUUCAUGUGAGCAUUCUCGACAACAAACCAAUAUUUACCAGCCAACGUACUAGCAUAACACGAAGCCACUACUGUCAGGGGCGGCAUCUUAGGAGGGGACGGAAUCUUAGGAGAGGACGGAAUCUUAGGAGGGGGUGUUCUCUCAUCUGGAAGUGAACUGUGUUGUGAGACCUUUGGUUUGCGUUGGUCGGCGACGAAUUAAUAGAUUUUAUGGAAUCCAGGUAUGAAGCUCGUUUGUUUUAUAUGUUGUUGUUGGUUUUUUUUGUCUUUGAUUUUCAUCGACAUUGAUGUUUUAAAACUCAUACAUACAUGUACUUUUCGUUAUUUAAUAUCUGUAUUCCUUUUCUUCAUGAACAGACAGAGCAGUACAUUAGAAAAACAAUACGCACAUACUCCAUUUCUUGUACAUAUAAAACAUACUUGGACUUCAUAUACCUUUCUACUGAAUUAAUUCUGGGAUAACAGAAGAAAUGUUCAUACAGUCGUUGAUCGAUAUUUGAUUAUGAUCAUAGAUAAGAAGCCAGCUAUUUGGAUGGGGGGGGGGGGGCUAUAUAUUAAUAGUUCAACUGAGGAGGACCAGUAGGCUAUAUAAUUUUUAGCGUUGGGGGGUGGGGGGUGGGGGGGGGGGGUGAGGACAGUGCCCACGACGCCUAUCGAUAUGGGGUGCACAUCCCCGGAGCCCUCAAGCUAGAUUCAUUCGAUAUAGUGUAUAGUACAAAAGCCGCCAUUUUUUAACAGCCUGGGGCUUAAUUUACAAAGCGCUCACAAAGUGGCCGAUCCUUUGUUUUAAACACCACAACGUAUUUUUUCACUAUUAAAGCCGUUUUUGAUAAUUUAAAAUGGACGUACUUACAUUUUAUUAUUUAGAAUAUUCAUUUUCGUACACCUGAAGUAGUUAUGGUCAUAGUCGCAACCAGUUCUCUCUGAAAUGAUUUACUUCCAUGGCGAAGGGUUGGUAAUAUUUAUAUCCAUGAAGUAUAUAUCGAUGCAUUUAGGAGGUUUUGCCACAUAUGUUACUAUUUUCGUCUAUGGGAUUAGAUUUGGUGGUAUACACCAUUAACAGUUGUUACUUCACAUGACAUACAUACACACAGCAAACGGUGUUUUCGUACAAGUAGGUAUUAGGUUGCUGGUGAUUGUGAACAAUACGACGGGGAACAAAAACAAAACAACUACCAACAACAGGUACAAACGCACACACACACGAAUUUUGUUUUUUAAUUUCUUAAAAAAUAUUCGUCUUUAAAAUUAAAAAAAGAUCAUUUGUGUAUUUUUUUUUUUUUAAAGAAAAACAAAACAAAAACUAAGUUAAAUAUAUGAUUCAUACUACAGCUGUCGAAUAUUUUUUUUUAACCCACAGUGGUGUGUAUACGAUGGUCGCAGUUGUGCUUUGCAAAACUGGACUGAAAUAAUGUGUUGAUAAAUUAAUAAAAAAAUCUAUUUCACUUA